CUCAUUCAGUCCUCAGCAAAAUGAGAGGUUUCAUUUUUAUGUUAUUUACCUUCUCUGUUAUGCUUGCCAUUUCAGAAGCAAGGACUGAAGGAUCCAGGAAGCUCUGCGGGUCCGAGUACAUACGCACGGUCAUCUACAUCUGUGCCAGCUCCGGGUGGAGGCGGCAACCGGGGGCACUCCUGCAGGGUCAGCAAGCCGAGAGAGGAAACCACUUCCAGCUGCCAAAUGAACAGGAGAUUUCUGAGGAACGAGCAGCUCACAACCUUCCGAAGAUGGAUUUCUCAGGGGAGGAAAGUCUUCAGGGUGAACAGCUGCCCCCGGAAGGGCUUUGGAGGUCAAAGAAGCACUUGGGGAUGUCAAGACAAGACCUACAAACCGUAUGCUGCACUGAAGGCUGUUCCAUGCCUGACUUGAGCACUCUUUGUUAGGACGAGAGCAAACCCCCAAGGGUGGCAGAGAUUUAGCACAGGUUUAAUCACAGCGUUCUACUUCCCAGAAUAACACUUACAUUGUGUCAUUAAACUAAUGGCUUUUGGGUAGGCAGUCUUUUCCUAAAAGUUGUGGAUGAAAGGCUAAAACCACUACAAAGUCUAUUUUCUCCCUUUGCCAAGGUAAAUGCACUGUUCUUUUCAAAUUUUAACUAAUCCUUUGAAAAUUUAAAUGCUGUGCAAAAUUGCAAUAAAAUUCCAUAAACCAA